GUCUGUCUUUGCAGUACAACACUAAACCUAAUUAGAAAACCUUAGUACCUAUUUUCCUUCAAAAUGAAAAUGGGCAUUUUCAAAUCCAUGUUAAUUUUCCCUUUUUUUCUCAUUGCUAAUUUCCUCCUCUUCACUCACUCUGAUGCAACCACAUUUGAUGUUCGAAACAAUUGUCCUUACACAGUUUGGGCUGCCUCUGUGCCAGUGGGUGGUGGUCGCCAGCUCGACUCUGGUCAAACCUGGACAAUCGACGUGCCAGCUGGCACGCAAGGAGCCCGUAUUUGGGCCCGAACUGGUUGCAAUUUCGAUGGUUCGGGCCACGGUAAGUGUGAGACUGGAGAUUGCAAUGGUCUUCUCCAGUGUCAAGCUUAUGUGAUACCCCCAAACACUUUAGCUGAAUAUGGCUUAAAACAAUUUAAUGAUCUUGAUUUUUUCGACAUCUCUCUCGUCGAUGGAUUCAACGUACCGAUGGACUUUAGCCCCACCUUCAAUGGGGUCACCCGUGGUAUUAGGUGCACUGUUGAUAUUAAUGGACAAUGUUCGAACCAAUUACGAGCUCCUGGUGGGUAUAAUAAUCCUUGUACCAUUUUCAAGACUGAUAAUUAUUGUUGUAAUUAUGGAAAUUGUGGCCCAACUGAAUUUUCGAAGUUUUUUAAGGAUAGGUGUCCUGAUGCCUAUAGUUACCCUAAGGAUGAUCAAACUAGCACUUUUGCUUGUCCUACAGGAACCAACUAUAGAGUGGUUUUCUGCCCAUAAAUGCCACAAAGCAUAUACUCCUAUAUAUUUUGCUUUAAGUGGCCAGUAUGAAAAUUUUCGUACUAAAGUGUACUAAAUAAGAAGCGAUCUUGUUAAACUUGUUUAACCAAAAA